AUGUCUGUGAUGGCGGCCAAGAAUGGGCGUGAUGUCGCCGGCAUAUUACCAGUCGCCGCGGCCGACUUUCCGUCGUCGCCAAAGCCAAUUGCUGAUCCUAUCCUCUCCUCCACAACGUCAGCCGCUGCCCACGAGGACACCAUGAUCUUUUCAGAUUUCUACAAGGGCUCGCGCUCGCCCCUCGCUAGGCUGCGCAACGGCAACCCGCAACUGCCCGCCAAACUCGCCACAAACUCGCCCGAUUGGGUCGGCGACGAGUACGCCGACCUGCUCAGCAAGGACAAGGCCAAGAAUAAGGAGGCUGUUCGUCGUUAUCUUGCUGACAAGGUGCGCGACGAUUGGGGCUUUGACUGGCCCACCCAGCAGGUCACCGAGUCGUCUGUGAAACCCUCCCAACAAGAAGAGGACCAAUCUGCCGGUCUCGAGACGGCCAAAGCAGACGACACGGCGGCAGAGACAACAGCCGAUUCCAGUGCUACCGAUGAUGGCUAUCAAGUCGAGGACACCGAACUCGACUCUGACGACGAAUCCGUGUAUAGCGUCGUCUCUGCAGACAAUCUCCACUGGCGGGCCCGCGCCGAGUGGACGUCCGAUAUCGACGAGGAUGACGAUAGCUCGUCUCUCGACGACUCACAGUCCUCACUGCAACUUGCUAACGCCCGUCGAGCGAGACGUCGCCGAGCCAUCCGCGAAGAGACCUCCUGGAACCCGGGGCUUGCCUGCUUCGAGGCCCGGCGCAAUGCCUGGACGGGCGCAAAGACGGUGCGCGUGCGCUCCAAGCCCGUCGCCACCACACCCGUCCAACCCAUAUCGCCGCGCUCUCCGCGCCGCUUCUUUUUCCGCCGCAGCAUGUCCAGCUCGCCGCCGAGCGCCGCCGCAGCCUUGGCGGCCGCGCACGCUGCAUCCGCCGACCUCUCCGGCACGGCCUCGGACUCGUCCUCUAUCCCCCACGACGAGCUGCGCAAAGUCGACUCCCACGCCGACGGCAGCACGGCCAACACACCGGCCACCUCCACCGAGGAGACGCGCACCUACCCCGUCGAGACGCUGCUGCCGCUCGCGCAGCCCAUUCUACCGCCCAGCAACCCGCUGCGCGCCUCCAUCACGCCCAACGUCUACCUCGCCCUCUACGAUAAAGUCAUCCUGCACAACCUCCAGCCCUCGUGCCCCAUCAACCUCGGCGACAUGCUGCGCUCCUGCGUCACGGGCUGGAAGCGCGACGGCGAGUGGCCGCCGCGGUCUACGCCCUACAACCCGCCCCCCGCGGCCAAGAAGAAGAAGAGCAGCCCCAACAAGCCUAAAAAGCCGGCUGCGCCGACAGCAGCAGCAGCAGCAGCAGCAGCACAAGCCACGGAAGCCCCCGAGGCAAAGGCGAGCCGCAGAUUGAGUUUUAAUUUGCUGAAUCGCGACGCGGACGAGUCUCGUGCAGGAAAGGGCUUUCGAAAGAGUCUGCAGCGGGCCCUCGGCAUGGGUCCUCUUCCUGGUUUUGGCGAGACUGCGUAG